AGGUGAGUAUCAGCGCCGACGCAUUUCGCGACCCAGGAGGUCUCGGAGCAGACCAGGGUCACCCCUCUGGCUCUGACUCCGAGACCUCCUGGGCCGCGAGACGCCGCGCGCGGAACGAGAGGAGGAGCGACACACACGAGCAACCUCUCAGCACACGACGCGUUUCGCGGCCGAGGAGGUCUCUGAGCAGACCGGGCCCGUCCCUCACCCCGUGGCUCCGACUCCGAGCAAGAGAGUGACGAGCUGCGGGCUGAGGAAAUGACAGCGAACGCCGUGCGAGGAGCGAGAGGAGGAAAACGCAGGAAACGACAACCUCUCAGCACACGACGCGUUUCGCGGCCCAGGAGGUCUCUGAGCAGACCGGGCCCGUCCCUCACCCCGUGGCUCAGACUCCGAGCAAGAGAGUGACGAGCUGCGGGCUGAGGAAAUGACAGCGAACGCCGUGCGAGGAGCGAGAGGAGGAAAACGCAGGAAACGACAACCUCUCAGCACACGACGCGUUUCGCGGCCCAGGAGGUCUCUGAGCAGACCGGGCCCGUCCCUCACCCCGUGGCUCAGACUCCGAGCAAGAGAGUGACGAGCUGCGGGCUGAGGAAAUGACAGCGAACGCCGUGCGAGGAGCGAGAGGAGGAAAACGCCGGAAACGACAACCUCUCAGCACACGAUGCGUUUCGCGGCCGAGGAGGUCUCUGAGCAGACCGGGCCCGUCCCUCACCCCGUGGCUCCGACUCCGAGCAGGAGAGUGACGAGCUGCGGGCUGAGGAAAUGACAGCGAACGCCGUCACACGACGCGUUUUGCGGCCGAGGAGGUCUCGUUAGCAGACCAGGCCCGUCCCUCACCCCGCGUGCGGCUCUGAGGAAAUGACAGCGAACGCCGUGCGAGGAGCGAGAGGAGGAAAACGCAGGAAACGACAACCUCUCAGCACACGACGCUUUUCUAACACUUCCCGCACUCUACCUGUCAUUUCUUCUCCUUUGUUAGCUGUGAUGGGAUGCAGCCACUGGUGGUAUCCCAUAGGAAGGAUGGUCAUGUUUCCCACCUUAUAUAAACAGUUUCAGUGCAGCUUGCUGUUACCUUACAAAGGAAGAGGAGUAUACUGUGAAGCAUAGCAAAACCUCUGUGUCUCUUUGGAAUGUUAACUGCACAAAUUCUCAAUUUAUCAGAAAACAGCAGGAGAGAUGUCUUCCCAAGUCAGACUGAGGCUGCUGCCGAGUGCCAAGUGUUUGUUUGAUGAGCCUGUUCAGGUGAAGGUGGCCGGACUGAAGUCGAAGCAGCUGGUGACCAUGAGAGCCAGAUCGACUGAUGAUAAAGGGGUGAUGUUCAGCUCCUCGGCCACCUACAGGGCUGAUGGGAGCGGGGAGAUCCACCUGGACAGAGACCCCUCACUCAGCGGGACUUAUGUUGGGGUUGAGCCCAUGGGUCUGCUGUGGUCCAUGAAGCCAGACACUUUGCACAAAAGGUUUAUAAAGUUGAGUUCACUAAACCCCCACGUGGUGAAGUUCUCAGUGCACGAGGAAGAGGAGGAGGAGGGCAAGAUGCUGGCAGAGGUGAUUAACGAGAGGAUUCUGAUUGGAGACGGGGUCAGUCGACUCCCUGUCAACAAGGGCAACAUCCGCGGGGUCCUGUUUACUCCCCCAGGAAGAGGUCCAUUCCCUGCUGUGUUAGAUCUGUACACUUUUGGUGGAGGUCUGUCGGAGAAAAGGGCCUCUCUGCUGGCCACCCGAGGAUUUGUGGUUCUGACUGUCGCGCUGUACGGCCACGAUGACCAGGCAAAGGAUGUCAAAGCAGUCCAUAUGGAUUAUUUUGAAGAAGCAAUUGAGUUUCUAAAAACACAAGACAAGGUGGGCAGUGAAGGAGUUGGUUUAAUAUCCCUUUCAAAAAGUGGAGAUAUCGCACUUUCCAUAGCCUCGUACCUACCAGGUGUUGCGGCCACUGUGUGGAUCAAUGGCUGCUCUGCCAAUACAGUGUUACCCCUCCACUAUAAGAAAAGAGAAAUCCACUCUGUGUUGACGUAUGACGCAAAGAAAGCCUUUCUCACUGAGACAGGGGCCGUCAAUAUCAGAAAUGUUCUGAACAGCCCCCUGUUAGACGAGAAUAAGACCGCCCUGAUCCCCAUUGAAAGAGCAAAGGGACAUUUCCUCUUUGUGGCCUCAGAGGACGACUGCAACUGGGACAGCAACACUUUCAUGAAUGAGAUGGUGGAGAGACUGAAGCGUCAUGGGAAGGAGAACUUUGAGAGUGUGUCCUACCCUGAAGCUGGGCACUACUUGGAGCCACCUUAUGGACCCUACUGCCCCUCCAGCGUCCAUGGAGUUGUAGGUAUGCCAGUCGUGUGGGGGGGUGAGGCCAGGUCCCACGCAGCAGCUGAAGUCCACAUGUGGGGAAAGAUCCAGGAGUUCUUCAGAACUCACCUGAGCUGUGAUGCUGCACAAACCAAUCCCAAGUUAUAGAUGCAAAUAGGAUGAUAGGAAAGAGAAAUGAUGAUGAGAGUACAAGACGGGGCUGGAGCACACUGCUUCUUUCACCGCCUUUUAUUGUCAUCAAAGACUAUUGAGAACAGAAAAUAUCACUUUCUACUGAGAGAUGAUUGGUCAGGAUGAUCAAGAGUCAACCAAGAAUCACCAAAAAGUAGGUGUGCAAUGAAGAAGAAGCUACUGGAACAGUGACAUCAUUGUCUCCAGUCAAAUACUUUUGACAUCGACAUGGGCUGAAAGGCUACGAGCAACAAGGAAGCUCUUCCUCUAGAAGCAGCCCCUUAAAGCUUGACAGACCUUUCCUUUGUCUAUGCUGUUGACCACAUAGACAAGGAAAGGUCUUCUGGAGGAAAAUUUUGUGGUCAGAUAAUACAAAAACAGAGCUAUUUUGUCACAGUGACCAGAAAUAUGUUAGCAGAGAGAAGGUCAGGCCUUUAACCUCAACAACACCAAACCUACCAUCAAGCACGGUGGUGGCAGUAUUAUGCUCUGCAGCUGUUUUAAUGGCGUUAAUGAAUUAAAGCAAUGCACUGUGGUAAGUGGAGAGACUCGCAUCAGAACAAACUGUUUGUAAUGUUUGCAAACCUUAGAAUGCAGUGUAAAGCCGUAUUUAUUUUCGUCGAAUGCCACAAUUUCUAAUUCUAAAUCUCUUGACAUUUAAACCUGGUUCUAAUCUCACAAAACUGAAAUGUGAUUUGAUGUGUUUUUGAGGAUUCAGUGUAACUUGGAUGUUACUUUAGCCUCCAAAUUUACCUUUACUAUAUAAUAGCACAUAGACGGUAAAAGAUUUGCUUCUCUGCAGAUGUUGCAUGUAAACCUUUUUGUCUUUGUUUAUUCCAAAAAAAUGUACCAUUAACUAGACUAUGGUAGCUGCCAGUGAUUAUUGUGGAAAUUGUUUCUUAUGUGAAUGUAUGAUUGUUUAGUCUAAUGUAUAACAUAUCAGAAAGAACCACAAGUUUUUUUUUAAUUUUGUAUCUUAUAAAUCAGAAAAGCAGCGUAUCCUGACAUAUUAAAGGCUUGAAGCAGAGAAUGAUUACUCAAUUUUGCUUGAAGAACAACCCGUGGCUGAUGGUUUUAAUCAGUUCAUUGCUACAAAUAUAAAUGGGGCCUUAUAGAGUUGUACUGUAAAUUAACUGUUAUGAUUAUUUUGUUGAGAGAUGUUAUAUAAAAUAUCAGAAGAU